AGAUAUCGAUUCAAGUUGACGCGUACUACUGGGUCCCUUCUGGGGUAUCCUAAACGACGCCAACUGGCCAUUCGAGCCCUGUCCGGAGUUCGCCACCUUCAACGCCAACUCCAUCGUACCCCCGGCCUACCCAAUCGACGCUCAGCACAAACGGCUCCUCCGUCGGCACAAACCAUUUCGGCGUUGGAUGGAUGCUCACGAUAAACGUGACACACGGCAGGAAAGCGAGGAUCGCCGUUUUUUCGAGGAAGCUGAUCGGGUGAACACCUUCGAAGCAUGGCCAGGCUUUGCUCAAUGGCUGGCUCAGAGGGUGAUUACCCUCAAUCCCCACAGUCUUUUCUUGAGCAACUUCUUUGAAAGAAAUUGUCGCCUCCGUUCUUGACAUCGGUGGGUGCAAUUUCUACUGCUGUUAGGUCAGGGGCUCGGUGGCCGUUGUGUCAGGCCUUUUGCAGAGUUUUGACUCAGAAUGAAGCAAAGAUGAUGAUGUCGAGUUCGUGCUUCUCACCCAUCUGUUCUCAAGCUGUAUGUAUCCGUGACAUACUAAGUAUCUGUGAUAUUACGAGUCUCUCUAUUCCAGCUCUUUCUUUGCCCAAUGCCCCCUCA